AUGGAAGACAUCAAAUAUAGCUAUGACGUACGUAAAAGGAACUACCUACGUUGGGGACGAUCAACGCUCGGUGAAAACUUUCUCCGAUUUGGCCGCAAUGACCUGAACUACCCCAACUACGGCUACAGGAUUGGAAAGCGCAGCGAUCCUGACGAAGACAUCUUCGACGACAAGGGCUACCUGCGAUUUGGCAGACGAUCGUGGCCGCCUGUCGUCCGACUCCACAUGAGGCGGAAGCGCGCAGCAGAGACCGAGGACCAGUCUGGGCGGAGCAAGCGAAGCGGAGACUCGAUGUCCCAGGCCAAAGAGAAGAAGUCGAAAGUCUGGUUUGGAGAGCAGGACACUGGAGCCAUGAAACGAGGCGACGGGCAAGACGAUGGGUAUUACUACGGCGUGAUGAAACCCAAUGGAAUUGGCGCCGACAAGCGAUUCAUGAGGUUUGGCAGAAACCACGAUGAGAUGGGCAACGGCUGGUUGCACUUCGGUAAAAGAUCCUCCAACAAGUAA